CAGAGCAUCGGCCCCACAUGCAAGUGUAAGAAUCGUGAUAUGCAGACCACUACACCGAACCCCAUAUCCUCUCCAAGACUGCAGGCCGGCCAAAACCCCACGCCCCUUGUCUGGCCCUCCCCAACUUCCCCUUCCCCACCUCCCAAAUCCCAAUUCGCUUCCAUCCCCCUCUCCGGCGUGCUGCAGCGGUGGCGAUGGCCAGUGCGGGCGGCGAAGAGAGCCGCGCAUCCCCUCGCCUGCUGUCCAUCCCGAAGGAGGGCGAGAGGAUUCUCGCCCCGACGCGGCGCCCUGACGGCACCCUCCGCAAGGCCAUCCGUAUUCGCGCCGGGUACGUCCCCCAGGACGAAGUCGCCAUCUACCAGUCCAAGGGCACACUCUUGAAGAAGGCGCAGCCGGAUGUUCCACCAGGCUACGAACCGGAGCUCGAUGCGAAGCCCAAGAGCAAGUCGGCAAAGAGGAACGAGAGGAAAAAGGAGAAGCGGCAUCAGGCUGCUCUUGCUUCAUCAAGUGACAAGGGGAAGAACUUAGACGACCAAGCUGAGGUGCUAAAGGCUGAAGAGGUUUCUUUAUCUCAAAUUAAGCCGCAGCAAUCGGAUGCAUCAGGAUCUAUAGUUGAGCAGAUGAAUAGAAUCUCUAUUUCUGAAGUGCCAGUGGAAGUGGGUUCUUUCACUGAUUCAGCGGAGGUUCCAAAAGAUAGGUCUUCUGGCCAAGAUUUAGAUAAGAGAAUUCGGGCCCUUAAGAAAAAGAUACGACUAGCAGAAGCUCUAUUGCAAGGGGAGCAUCAAAAUAUGAUGACCGAGCAGUUGGAUAAGAUGAGAAAAAUGGAAGGGUGGCGGGAAGAGCUUAAAAUUUUGGAGGACAGAAAAUCAAGUGUGGUUUCCUAAAGCGCAUUAAUUUUAGCUGUAAAAAAGUAACUUAAACCCUAAUUCCCAGCUGACGUGUUGAUUUCUGUGUUAGGUGUUCAUUAGAUCUCUAUUUUAUUGUGCUUCAACGUUGUAUCCAUUCAGAAAUAUGAAGAGUUUGUUCAUUUGGUAAAUUGUUCUAAAUGGGUUUCCAUACAUGUUAUCGCGGAAUAUAUAGUUUAGUCCUGAAGGGCUGACAAGUACCGCUUUGUCUGAUGAUUAAAAGAUUACUUUUGCUUCUGCUGUGUGGAGGUAGUGGAUGACAUAGUUUUCCAUCUCAA